CGACUACAGCUAGCGCUUGAAAAUGGAGUCUGUGUUUUUCUGAGCGGAACGUAAAAGUCGUCUAUUGUUUUCAACCGGUCUGUUUUAGCGGUUGUGCAAAUAUUAGCAGUAGCCGACAGUAGUCCGCUAGUAUUUUCCAACUGGUGUCUAUUAUUGUGUUUACACCUAAGUUACCAUAUUUGCACUCAACAUUUAUAAGACUAUAUUUGGGUAAUACUUCCGUCUUAAACCAGAUCAGUUUUCCUCAUGGUCUGACUCAGAGUUUGAACAAAGUUGCUUACUAAAAUGGAUGACAGCAAACAGACCUCUCCCGAGGGAUCUGUAGACCCCGCUCUUGUGUCAGAAGAUGGUAAAAAUGUGAAAGCAGUGUUGUGCCAGAGAUGUGGCUCCAAAGUGCUCUGUCCAGGCAUGGCACUGUUUGCAGAAAAGGAGCUGUUUCUGCCUGCAAUGAGAAAGAAAACCUCCAUUGGUCAGUCAGACGGGACGUUGAAUGGGGACACAUUGACAGCUCACUGGCUGGUUGAUGACAUGUACACAUUUGAGAAUGUGGGCUUUACAAAAGAUGUAGGUAAAGUGAAGUACCUUAUUUGUGCGGAUUGUGAGAUCGGACCCAUUGGUUGGCAUUGCCUGGAUGACAAGAAGAGCUUCUAUGUGGCAUUGGACAGGGUGAACCACGAAUAGAGCACGUACUGAAGUCACUGUUUGGAAAAUUCUAUGGUAUUCAA